AUGAUGGUUGAAGUAAGCUUCAACAUUCUCAUGGCCACACUUGUUCUAGUAACCUUUAUGUCGUUGGCAUGGAAGAUUUUGAACGACAUCUGGUUCAGACCAAAGAAGUUGGAGAAAUUCAUGAGAAGUCAAGGUUUCAAAGGUAACCCUUACCGUUUGUUAUAUGGAGAUAUGAAAGAUAUGGCCGUUGUCACUCAGGAAGCACAUUCUAAGCCCAUCAAACUGGAUGAUUAUGUCAUGCCUUAUAUUGUUCCCUUCAUUCAUCAGACGGUCCAAAAGCAUGGAGAGAGAUGUUUCAUAUGGUUUGGACCAUAUCCAUAUAUGAUCAUAACAGAGCCAGAAAUGAUCAAAGAUAUCUUGUUCAAGCAUAACGUUUUCCGGAGGCCUGCUUUAAGUCCAUUGGAGAGACUUUUUGUGACGGGUCUUUUUAUCCAAGAAGGCGAUGAAUGGGCUAAACGUAGAAGGAUAAUCAACCCGGCUUUUACAGUCGAGAAAUUAAAGAACAUGGUACCUUUGAUGCAACUGUGCUGUCGGGAGGUGGUCGAAAAAUGGGACAAAUUAAUCCAAGGCAAAGAAUCGGGUGAAGUGGAUGUAUGGCCUGAUUUUACAGAUUUAACAGCGGAUGUAAUCUCUCGAACAGCAUUUGGAAGCAGCUUUGAAGAAGGAAGGCGCAUUUUCGAACUCCAAAAAGAACUGUUUUUGCUAACUCACGAGUGUAUGCAGACCAUAUACAUCAAAGGAUCAAGAUUUCUGCCAACCAAAAGGAACAGGAGAAUGAAAGAAAUAUAUCGGGAGUCAAGUACGAUUAUAAGGGAUCUCAUUAGAUCAAGAGAGGAAAAAAUGAAAGACAAUGUAAAGAGUGAAGACUUAUUAGGGAUACUGUUGGAAUCUAAUCUCAACGAAAUCAAAGAAAAUGACAACAAAAAAGGGUCUGGACUUUCCACGGAGGAUGUGAUUGAAGAAUGCAAAUUGUUCUAUUUUGCUGGACAAGAGACAACCUCCAAUCUGCUAGUUUGGACCAUGAUAAUGCUGGGAAUUCACCAAGAUUGGCAAGAAAAGGCUCGGGAAGAGGUUUUUCAAGUGUUCGGAAACAAUGAACCCGAGCUCGAAGGAUUGCAUCGCCUCAAAAUGUUGACCAUGAUAUUCAACGAAGUACUGAGGAUUUUCCCACCAGCAAUGAAUAUAGGACGAUCGACUCAUGGGGAAACAAAAUUUCUGGGGAAGGGUAUGAGGUUGAGUGAUAUGGAUGUUAAUGUAAAGAAGAUAAAGAGCUGGAUUGUGCUCUAUCCUGUUUAUAUCAACUCAAAGAAAACAAUAGCCGAGGGCAGGCGGAUUUGUGUCACAAAAGCAUGUGAAAACCCUACUUGUGCCGAAAUUAAUGAUUGCUGUAAUCACCUCAAACUUCCGUGUGCUAUUGAGAUAGACAAGGCUUAUCCUCGUGAUUUUAUGCAAAGAGGAAGAGUGAGGGUUUUGUUGAAAAAGGAAGAUGGCAGUCUGUAUAAUCCAGCCAUUUCUACAAGGAAACAGUUGAUGCUUCACGUUGCUGAGUUGGUUCCCAGGCAUCCAGGUAGGACGAAGAAGCAAGAGGCUGCAUCCUCUUCUGCUUCUGGCCCUUCAAAACCUGGGAAGGGUGGGAAGAAGAAGAGAUAA